AUGGCUCUACUAGUAGACAAGCACCGCCCACGAUCCCUCGACAAGCUGAGCUAUCACCACGAUCUCUCCGAGCGUCUACGCGCACUGGCACAAAGCGGAGACUUUCCCCACCUCCUCGUCUACGGUCCCUCGGGGGCAGGCAAGAAGACUCGCAUUGUCGCAACCCUCAAAGAGCUCUACGGCCCCGGGGUCGAGAAGAUCAAGAUUGACUCGCGCGUCUUCCAGACGACCAGCAACCGCAAGCUCGAAUUCAACAUCGUCGCCUCGGUAUACCACCUCGAGAUCACGCCGUCAGAUGUCGGGAACUAUGACAGAGUGGUGAUCCAGGACCUGCUGAAGGAGGUCGCGCAGACGCAGCAGGUGGAUCUGAGCGCGAAGCAGAGGUUCAAGGUUGUGGUUAUCAAUGAGGCAGAUCACUUGACUAGGGAUGCACAGGCGGCAUUGAGGCGGACCAUGGAGAAGUACAGUCCGAACCUGCGGCUCAUACUGCUGGCGAACUCGACGAGCAACAUCAUCGCACCCAUCCGCUCGCGAACGCUACUCCUACGAGUUGCGGCGCCGACUGAGGAUGACAUUUGCAAGGUCCUCAAGAAUGUGGGCGCCAGGGAGAACUAUAAGGAUGUGGAGGCUCUGAACAAGAGAAUUGCCAAGGAGAGCGGGAGAAAUCUCAGGCGAGCACUGCUGAUGUACGAGGCUGUGCAUGCGCAAAAUGAGGAUGUCAAUGAGAGGACGCCGAUACCUCCACCGGACUGGGAGGCCUUGAUUGAGCAGAUUGCCAGUGAGAUUGUGGCAGAGCAUUCGCCGGCCAGGAUCUUGCAGGUCAGGGCGAAGUUGUAUGACUUGCUCACGCAUUGCAUACCGCCUACGACAAUCUUGAAGACCCUUACAUUCAAGCUAAUACCGAAGGUCGACAAUGCCUUGAAGGCUGAGCUCAUCAAGUGGUCGGCGUUCUAUGAACACAGGAUACGAUUGGGAAGUAAACACAUUUUCCAUCUGGAAGCAUUUGUUGCGAAGUAUAUGCGCAUCGCAGAGAGUCACGAGAUGGGCAUGGACUUUUGA